AUGACCAAGCGCGGCUGCCAGCGUGCCACGAGCUCUUCGAGCCUGCCAGGCUUCGUUCUACAUGGCCUCCUCCACAUGCUAGACGACGACAGCGAUGUCCUCAACCUGCUCGAUGCGCUGCCGCUCGUCGCACUUCGCGACCUCGGCGCCGUCGUCGACCUCGACGAGCACUGGCCGGUCGUCAACGUGACCAAGAUCCCGAUCCAACAUGCUCACUUGGCCAUCGCCGCGCUGCCUGCCUUUACUGGCGUGCACGUGGACUCUGGCGUGGCCUCGUUGGCGUGGCUCGAUGCGACGCCCAAAGCGCCCGUGACGCUGGUUGCAGAUGCGUCGGUGCCUGGUGCGCUCAGUGCCUUUGCCUACGUCUGUGACCAAUUCGUACAAGUUGAAGAACUCUUGCGCGUGCACCAGCGUUACGAGGUGUCGUCUGGUGUCUUCAAGGCGCCGUCGCCUGUCACACCUCGGCGGCAUUAUUAA